AUGGCCGAUUCUGAUUUCUCUCAGGUUUUUCGCGACCAAGAAUCCGAUGAAAUCAGUUUGGAAACUUCGGUUCCAACGGACACUUUGUCUCCAGAAAGGGACGAUCGUGGCAGGAAAGUCAGGCUAAGGAGAGACGAUCUUCUCCAAAAGGAACGAGAUGAAAUUAGCCGACAACUCGCAUCAUGUAAGCAAGAAGUUGCUUUAUUAACACAAGACAAAAAUUACCUGACGCGACAGGUGAGCGAACUGACGAAUCGUUGCAGUUUGUUGGCCGAGAAAAUUGAGGAAUCCAAUUUACAGUUGGAGAAUGCCAAAAAAUCCCGAGAGGAAAUGUAUGAAAAAUAUGUGUCGUCACGUGACUUGUACAAGUGUGAGUACGAAAACAAACUGAAAGAUGAGCUGGAAACGAUUCGUGCUCAGACAAACUCUGAGAUCGAACGACUUCGCACAUCUACCAAAGAGCUGUACGAGCGGGAGAACUCUAAUUUGCGAGAAGCAAGGGAGAUGGCUAUCUUGGAGAAGGAAAAGUUUGAAAGCAGCGGGCAAGAACUUCAGGCCAAAUAUGAACAACUCCUCAACGAGUACCGAACAUUACAGAUGUCGGGCGAACAAAGGCUUCUAGAUUUACAAACCGAGGCGAAAUUAAAGGCAUUUGAGGCUGAAAGAACUCAUCUCGCAUAUGAAGAAAAUUGCAGAAAUCUCAAAGAAUACCAAUUGGAAAUUGAAAAGCUCGAAGCAAAAUAUGAAGUACUGCUUAAGGAAUAUUAUGCUAUGGAAGCCGCCAAGAGCAAGAAAAUUGCUGAAUUAGAAUCGGAACUGUCUUCAAAGAAUAUACGUUUGGAUUCCUAUGACAAAAUUGAACAAGAAUUGGACGAUCUCGUGUUACAAGCUGCCGAAAUUGAGGACGAAACAAAUGCUGAAAAAGUGCUUCUUGCAUAUGGCACCAACAUGGGGACAAAUACCAAACGCCGUUUAAAGCAGAGUGUUGAUUUAGCAAAAAGAGUUCUCCUGCUUGAGCGGACCAAUGCAACUCUUAAGCAGGAGCUGGACUCUGAACGUAAGACUGUCAAGGAAAAGGCAGAGGAGGUGAAGUCGUGCAAAGAGCUGCUCGAGUCGGCUCAGCAGCCGCAAAGCUACCUGAUCGAGUCAAUACAGAGUCGGGAUGCGUUGCUGAAGAAGCGCCAGAAAGGUCUGCAGGAAGCGGAACAACAGAUCAGCAACCUGCAGGAGGAACGGCUGCAGUUGAUUCAGACACAGAACCAAAUGUCAGAGGACAUCAAACGACUUCUGAGCCAUCAGGCAGAAAUUGCUCUGAUUAAACAGAUACUCGCUAAAAUGUCCAUGACCAACGCAGAAGUCACUGUUGCAGAAAGCGCGACCAAUAUUUACAAGCCUGGAUCCAUUUCUUACAGUAAAACCUGA